AUGGCUGCUGGUCGAUCCAUGGAGCUCUUCGCCAUUGGGUUGCGAACCGACGGCUACACCCCGGAGCUCGCCGGCAUGGAGUUUUACGACAGUGUGGACACGGCCGUCGCGAUGGGAAAGAGGCUGGGCUACCGCCUCACCGAGGGCGCACCGCCGAAGGGCCUGCCCACGCGUCGGUCGGGGUUGGAGGCGGUGAGGACUUUGAUUAGGUGUGGCGAGAUCAAGAUGAUCAGUGUCAAAGUCAAGCACUACCAAGAGGCCUUGGAGUCAGGGGUCCUCAAGAUCAGCUCCAGCUCUCCUCCGGUGUCGCACUGCUUCCAGCGUCAGCACGGCAAGCCGCUGACGACGAUGUGUCAGAACGGUGACUUCCUCGUGUCCGACUUGAAAGUGACGGUGUCGGUGCUGCAGGGCUCGGCUUCGGCGUCAUACGGUGUCGAUGAGUCAGGUUCUGAGCUUGUGUCGGUUCCUGCUGUCGACCAGAGACAGCAGCAGCAUCGCCUGGUGUAUUACAGCAUUAUGAGCAGCCAGACCGCAUCCUGCGCCAGCGUCCACGAAGCGCUCUUCAAGAACAUGGUGAAGACCAUCCCCGGGCUCACGGACAAUGCGUCGGAGCACACGGUGCUCUUCUCUGACUUCGCAGCCGCGCCGUUGCUGGCUUUCUGCGUCAGCGGCGGCGAGACCCAAGAGAUGCUGCUGGACCGGUAUGUCGCGGAGGAGUUGCCGACCCGCUUCAAGCACGUGCCAGUGUCAGCAUCGCCACUUAGCGGCUUCUGGGCGGUCAGGGCCUCUGUGUCAGACCUGCCGUCGGCCGGUGUGGAGCUGGCAGGCCGGCUGUCGACACGUGUCAAGGUCAGUGUCACGAGUCGCCAGUCCCGGGAGACUACGAAUGACCUGGUCCGUGAGCGUCAGAUGGAGCAGGCGAUGGAGGAGGAGAUCGCCCUGCUGAAGUCGGACAGGGCCAGCUUGCUCCGCAUGAUGUGGGAAUCAAAGCGCCGCCGCAUGGAAAAGGAGGAAGAGUACCGGGCGUCGGAGCACAACAUGUCGGAAGAGCACCAGACGUCGGAGCACAAGGUGUCGGAGGGCCAGACGGCGGAGACCCAGAUGUCGAACACGAUGAUCGCUGGACCUGGAGAUGAUGAGAUGGCGUCGCAGUCCGCGGAAACCCAGGCAAGGCCCCAG